CCCAGCCUGACAGCCUCAGCGUCUCACAUGGCCCUCUGGCUCAUACAUAUGGAGGAGGAUAGGGAGAGGAGAGGAAUAACAACCACAGAAACCCUCAAUCCCUCAGUUCUUCUUCCUGAUAAUAGGCUUGACUGUCUGACCAAGGGACCCCACAUCAGUUGGAACCGAAAGAACAACCCAGACCCUUGGAACACAUACGGUCCACACUAUCAGUACAAGUUGGUGGCCGUCAAUAUGGACUACAAGGCUCUGAAGAAGGAGGGCCCUGACUUCUAAAGGUCCUUCAGGCAACUCCAGGAGCACCAAGUUUGGCAGGACCUCCUGUCAUCCUAGUGGCAGGGUCGGGGCAGCCUGAGCCUCGGUCGGGUCCUCUGUCUGUCCCCUCUGCUGUCUCUUCAGAAUGCACACCAUUUCAUAUGAACUGUCUUUUCCGUGCACUAACCUACAGUUAUAGAAGCAAUUGUCUGCAUGUGCACAGCAAAUACUGUUAUUAUAACCUACCUGUCUCUUCAGACACCACCCUACAGUAUAAAUCUCUUCAUGCAUAAAAACCCUAAAGAGAUGUCAUGUAACAGGCUCUUUCACUUUCACAACCCUACAGUUAUUGUAACCUGUCUCUUCACGACGCACAACAGCACUGUUAUAGAUCUGUCUCUUUAUUUUCAUGCACAGCAACCCUAAGGUGAUGUAUCCUUCUUCAUGCACAGCAACCCUAAGGUGAUGUAUCCUUCUUCAUGCACAGCAACCCUAAAGUGAUGUAUCCUUCUUCAUGCACAGCAACCCUAAAGGGAUGUGUCCUUCUUCAUGCACAACCCUGAUGUUACAUAACUGUCUCUUAACGCUACAUUGAAAACAACACUAUUAAACAUCAGUCAAAGAA